AUGGCAGUCAACGGGCGGAUGCGUAAGAGGAAGCAUAGAAGUCAUACAGCUGGUGACAUGCCGACGACGACGGCACCAACAACAACAACAACAGCUGGAAACGGCAGUGACAGUGGCAGCUUCUCGAGCACAUCGAGUGCUAUUAAAUUGAGUAACGGCGCCAUUACGGAUACACUCUUGGCUGCCGUUCUGACCACGGCAACCGCAACAGUGGCGCCUGCCGCCAGCUCCUUGAUAUCGAGCAUGUCAGCGGCGGCAGCGACGACGACGGCAACAUCUUCCCAGUUGGCUGUCGUUUCAACAAUGCAGGCAGUGGCAUUACCUGGCGUCUCCAUACCAGACGCCACCUCAUCCACCUACUAUGCCAAUCUUUUGAGCAUGUCGCCGGCCACAACGAGCCUCAUUUCGGUGGCGGCCACCAAAUCCUAUAAUGAUAGCGUCCUACGCUGGGAGCAAUUGGAUGGCAAUGGAGACUUUGGAUUUGAUCCACUCUAUCGUCACUCGCUGGCCAUGUCCAUUGCCUUCUGUGUCGCCUAUAUUCUGGUGUUUCUGGUCGGACUUAUUGGCAAUAGUUUUGUGAUUGCCGUCGUCCUGCGUGCUCCUCGAAUGCGAACCGUUACCAACUAUUUUAUCGUGAAUCUCGCCAUUGCCGAUAUCCUUGUGAUUGUCUUCUGUCUGCCCGCGACGCUCAUUGGCAAUAUAUUUGUUCCUUGGAUGCUUGGCUGGCUGAUGUGCAAGUUUGUGCCCUAUAUACAGGGUGUCUCGGUGGCGGCAUCGGUUUACAGUUUAAUUGCGGUAUCACUAGACAGGUUCAUUGCCAUCUGGUGGCCAUUGAAGCAGAUGACAAAGCGACGUGCCCGCAUCAUGAUUAUCGGCAUAUGGGUAAUCGCUCUGGUAACCACCAUACCUUGGCUUCUAUUCUUCGAUUUGGUGCCCGCCGAGGAGGUAUUCUCCGAUGCCCUCGUCUCCACCUAUACGCAGCCACAGUAUUUGUGCCAGGAAGUCUGGCCACCUGGUACCGAUGGCAAUCUGUACUUUCUGUUGGCCAAUUUGGUGGCCUGUUAUCUGUUGCCCAUGUCCCUGAUAACGUUGUGCUAUGUCCUCAUCUGGAUUAAGGUCUCCACACGUAGCAUACCUGGCGAGAUGUCCAAGGAUGCACAGAUGGAUCGCAUGCAGCAGAAGAGCAAGGUUAAGGUUAUCAAAAUGCUUGUGGCCGUCGUCAUUUUGUUUGUUCUUUCCUGGUUGCCGCUCUAUGUGAUCUUUGCCCGCAUUAAAUUUGGAUCGGACAUAUCGCAGGAGGAGUUCGAGAUACUGAAGAAGGUGAUGCCAGUGGCCCAAUGGCUGGGAUCCUCCAACAGCUGCAUUAAUCCCAUUCUCUACUCGGUCAACAAAAAAUAUAGACGCGGCUUUGCAGCCAUCAUCAAAUCUCGCAGUUGCUGUGGACGUCUCAGGUACUACGACAAUGUGGCCAUUGCUUCCUCGACCACGAGCACUCGCAAAUCCUCGCACUAUCAUCCCAGCAGCUCACGGAAGAGUCCCAGCAGUCCAGGAUUGCGCAAGACCAACGCCGUCUCCUACAUCUACGAGCACAAUUCGUUGCGUCGACACAAUCUGAUGAUGAAACAGGAUAGCAAUCUCUCCCAGCAGAUGCUUCUUAAGCAGGACUCUCAUGGCUCUCGCCAGUUUCUCAUCAAGCAGGAGAGCUCGUGCAGUGACGCCUCCGGCACACGUCGUCUGCUCUGUCAACAGGAUAGUAAUGGCAGCAAGGUCUCACUGUCCAAACAGGACUCGAUUGUUUCCUACAUGGAGGCCCGCAGGGUGGCUGCACUGAGCGCCCAGGACCGUUCAGUUGACUCCACGGCCACACAGCAGGAUACCAUCUCCAUUGAAUCACGGCGACCUGGAGCACUGCCCGCGGCAGCCACGCCCCCAUCCCUUGUUGAUAAGCGACAGAAGUUUGUUAAACAGGAUUCGGUAAUUUCCUUUGUGGAUCAGCGACCAGAACCGCGACGCCAUCAGCUCGUCAAGCAGGACUCGGUUAUCUCGUUUGCCGAUCAGCGACGUGGCCUGCUCCACAAACAGGACUCGCUGAAGACCAAUCGCUCCAACGAUGCCCCCACACAUCAUGUGUCCAUACUGAAGAAAACCGACUCGCAGCUCAGCUAUGGAACCUCCUCGCCCCGCCGCAAUGUUGAGCUCUACGAGUAG